ACCAACCCUAUAAAUCCAGUCCCCCAUCUCAUUUAAGUCUUCUGCGAUUAGCCCUCACAGAGCAGUUACUCUCCAUCUUUUUUAUUUAUUUUUAAAUUUUCAUUUCAUUUCCUUUUCCUCUUUUUUGAUGUGUUCGUAAAAUUAAUUUUUCAUAGAAAACAUUUUACAUAGCCUAAGCAAGAGUAAAUCAUAGCUUAAGCCAGCAACAUCCUCUACAUUCUACAAAUGGGGAGAGAAGGAGAUUAAUUUUGACAUCAAAUUAUGUUGUGCAGUUGAACAGGUGAAUUGGGUUUUGUGCAAGUGCUUUGGUUGUGUAUCAAAGAAAAAAUAAAUGAAUAAAGAGUAAAGCAUUUUUCUUUUGGGGGCUGGGUUCUUGGAAUUGUUGAUCCAUAAGGGUUUUUGGGGUUUGUUGAAUUUGUGCUGCUGCUGCUGUUGUUGAGAGGGAACAAUGGACAAGAAGAAGGUGGCAGUGCCAUUAGUGUGCCAUGGACAUUCACGUCCUGUUGUGGAUUUGUUUUACAGUCCUGUCACUCCUGAUGGCUUCUUUCUCAUCAGUGCUAGCAAGGAUUCUAGUCCAAUGUUGAGAAAUGGGGAGACUGGUGAUUGGAUUGGAACAUUUGAGGGGCACAAGGGUGCAGUGUGGAGUUGCUGCCUGGACAGUAGUGCUUUGCGUGCAGCAUCUGGCUCUGCUGAUUUUUCUGCAAAACUGUGGGAUGCAUUGACAGGAGAUGAAUUACACUCUUUUGAGCAUAAGCAUAUUGUUCGAGCAUGCACAUUUUCAGAGGAUACACACCUUCUACUUACUGGUGGAGUUGAAAAAAUUCUUCGUAUAUUUGACUUGAAUCGUCCAGAUGCACCCCCAAGAGAAGUUGACAAUUCACCAGGUUCAAUCAGAACUGUUGCAUGGCUUCACAGUGAUCAGACCAUAUUAAGUUCUUGUACUGAUAUUGGUGGUGUGAGGUUAUGGGAUGUCCGAAGUGGCAAAAUUGUUCAAACUCUUGAAACAAAGUCACCUGUAACAAGUGCUGAAGUGAGUCGGGAUGGUCGCUAUAUAACUACUGCAGAUGGAUCUACAGUUAAAUUUUGGGAUGCAAAUCACUUUGGAUUGGUGAAAAGCUAUGACAUGCCAUGCAAUGUGGAAUCAGCUUCAUUGGAACCAAAACUGGGUAAUAAAUUUGUUGCUGGAGGAGAAGAUAUGUGGAUCCAUGUCUUUGAUUUCCACACAGGAGAACAGAUCGGAUGCAACAAGGGUCACCAUGGUCCUGUUCAUUGUUUGCGAUUCUCACCUGGAGGAGAAUCUUAUGCAUCAGGAUCCGAAGAUGGAACCAUCAGAAUAUGGCAACUGGGCCCUGCAAGUCAUGAUGAGAAUGAUUCUGUUCCUGGGAACGGACCAACUGGGAAAGUGAAUGUUUCUGCAGACGAUGUUGCCCAAAAGAUCGAGGGCUUUCAUAUUAGCGGAGAAGGGAAAACUACGGAGAAGGGAAAUGCAACAGAUGCCUGACUUGGGCUUCGUAUUGUUUCAGGUUUCAACUUGUUUGUGUUCGGUCUCUGCUUUGAAUGUGGAUGUGACUUCUUUUGCGUUUGGUCUGCCGUGGAAAUAAAAUGGACUUGGAGAGAAAAAAAACAAAAACGAGUAGAAAAUUCUGUCUGCCUUGCCUUGUUGGGAAAUCCUUCUUUUGUGAACUUAGCCAGCCACGUCUAGUUUUUUUUUUUAAUGAUCUUGUAGAACUUCAAGAAAAGGACGAUACGGUUGCUAAAUAUUACAACAGGUUUUUGUUA